CUUUUAUUCCAAUGGCCAUUUCAUUUCAUAAUCCUGCUUCUCAGCACAGUCUGGACUCAACAUUACCUAAAACGCUAAAAUGCCUUUAAAUCAUUUCUUGCUGCAGGUUUAGGAGGAGCGUGUCUCUUUUGACAUUAUAUGUUCAGUAAGGCACGAAGUUUGAGCUCUUCUCCACAUUUGUAACAUGAGAGCAACAGCAGAGUAUUUUAUUUUUGAAAUGCGUGAAGGAAGUGGUGUGUGUCGACAGUGUGUGUAUUGACGGAGCUCAGAAAAGCUGCUGCUGGCCUGUCUGUCACUGCGGGCGCUGAAACACAAAACCUUUCUUGGAAACAGAUUCCUGGAACCUCCGUCAGUCCAAACUGAACUGAGCUGUUUUCUGUCCCGCAGUUCACUGAAUAAAGAGCACACACUCUCCGCUGCACUCCCACACUGCCACUGACUGCAGACACACACGGGAUAUUUUCUCUUAUUUUUUUUAUGACUACAACAGGUAGUUACAGGUAAUGUUUAUUUUCUCUAUCGCCCGAGACUAUUUAUUUAUUUCCUGUGAGAAUCUGAUGGAUUAUUCCCUGGACUGUUUUUCAAACUGGUCGCGAUCCUUAUGAUUUUUCUUGAUUUAAGGUCUGCUGUCAGUCAGAAAUGGUUGCCCGGGCAAUGGCCAUUUUCCACCACGAGGAGCGAGGAGGUUCAUGCUGCCCACAGCCCUCUCCUCCACCCUGGGACCCAGCAGAGGACCUCCGCUGCAUCACCACCACCUUCCAGUAUCUACAGACCUCAGGCUGGUACUGGGGCUCCAUCUCAGCGAGUGAAGCUCGGGAAGCUCUCCUGACAAAGUCUGAGGGCACGUUCCUGGUGCGGGAUAGCACUCACCCCCAGUACAUGCUGGCCCUGUCGGUGAAGACCCGCUGUGGACCCACAAGCGUACGGAUAGAGUACAGCAGAGGCUGUUUCUGGCUGGACUCCAUCUCCCCCAGCCUGCCUCACCUCCAGUCCUUCCCAGAUGUUCUCAGCCUCAUACAGCACUACAGAAGCUCGGGCCUUGCAUCACAGAACCGGGCGUCUAAUGACAUUCACCCCAAAACAAAGCCCGACCCAGCCCCGGCCCCACACUCGGCAAAAGACGGCGGAGUCCCUCUGAAGCUGAUGCACCCCCUACACAAACCAGAGGCCUUCCCUUCGUUGCAGCACCUGGCACGCCUCACCAUCAACACACACACAGACUGCCCGGACCAGCUGCCACUCCCAAAGCCUCUGCUGCGCUACCUGCAGGACUACCCUUUCCACAUAUGAGGGUCUCUGUCCCUCAGGAUGCAGAAACUGGGACAUGGGUCAGGGUCACACUCCAUGACCACACACUGUGAGAUCUAGGACAGUUUGACACCCCAGGCAACAGAGGGACAAUAUUACAAUGGUUCAUGUACAAUAAACGUCAGUGUGACCUCACUGCUCAUGAAUGAGCUCAGUCUUACUACAGUGCUACUGCUGUUCUCCAGAAUAUGAUAUUUUUAUAUAUUUCUGCUACUGCAAAUCCAUUUAUUUCUACAAUGCCAAAAUGUAAGUUCUUGUUUUUUUCUCUUUAUUUGCCCCCAUUUACCACCAAGCACAAGAGGGUCGUGCAUGUUGUUAUAUCAAUUAUUUUUCUACAAAAGCGAGAAAUAACAUCAGAAAUUCUUCUGUUUUUCUCUGCUUUGAAACUCACUGUGGGGCAGGGAUGCUUACAUACACAAAGAGAAAUGUUUAUUCACUGUUCACGAAAUCACUGAACCUGAUGAACCACGGCUAACGGUGAUCUCCUGAACGUCUGGGCACCAUUAUGCCCAUCACAAAAAAAGAGAAAGCUUUUAAACAUGUCCACACAUAUUAAUUGUUUCCCUGUUAUGGAUGUUCUGAUACAACAACUGCUCUGAUCAUGAUCUAGCACAAAAUCCAAAGUGUGUAUUUUCUUUUAUGUGCAGAAUCCAUUUUUCUGAAAUCAGAUAUCCUCCAUCUGAGGAAGUAAAACAGAUCCUCUCACUUUAUCAGAAUGAAGAUCAAAGGCUGUUCAUGGAAAGCUGUUGUUAGCUGUUAAAGGACAUCUGUUUACAAACUGGUGUUAUUCUCAGAAGAGGAUCAUACAUGCCUGUGGAUUUCAGAGAAAUAAACCGAAAUGUUUUCUU